AACAGUAUCAUGUUCGUUUUCCUUCCUAUUAUACUGAAUUUGAUUUGCGAUUUGCUCGAAGACUCUGGGCGACCAUAAUUUUAGAGCUUCCUCAUGGAUUUGCUCCGAGCGUGCGUCCUGUGCGCAGUCCUCCUCGGCCUGACCGAGGCUUGGACGCAUCAGGACACGAAGGAGGCGCUUCUGCGCAAACUGCGCCUGGACGAGGUUCCCAAGAUCUCCAAGAGGGACUUGGAGAACUUGGUGGUCCCGGCCCACGUGCAAACCAAGUACUUGUCAAUGCUGAAGUUGCAGCACGGCAGGAGACGCCGCUCUCUGCCGAGCCUGGCCGGCAUCUUGAGGGGAAUCCCAGGCAACGCUGACAUUUCUGGCGAGUACGUGUACUCCGACGCCACCCGGAAUCGCGUGGUGUUCGACAUGGAGGCGCGGAUCCCGGAUAACAGCGAGGUGACCAUGGCCGAGCUGAAACUCUACCAAAGGCCGUCGUUCCACAAACGCCUCGCGGCGGACAGAAAGCCCCACCGGGCCGUCAACAACGCCAGAGUCAGCAUCUACUGGGUCGACGGAUCCAACCGCACCUCGCUGGUGGACUCGCGGUUGAUCCCCAUUCGCGAAACCGGCUGGAAGAGCUUUGAUGUGACCCAGGCGGUACACUAUUGGUCCAGGACGCCUCAGCAGACGCCCACGAUGCACCUGGAGGUGUGGAUCGAGGGCGAGAGACCUGGCAGCUACGCCGCGGAGGUGGCCAGAAGUGUGCGCUUUACCACCCAGGAGCAGACGGACAACACCUUGGGCAAACCCGAGCUCGUCCUCUACACACUCAACCUCGAAGAAUACGGUUCCCGUGGCGACUGUGACAUCAGCCACAGCAAAGGGACGUGUUGUAGGGAGCAGUACUUUAUCGACUUCCGCGCCCUCACGUGGACGCAGUACUGGAUCAUUGAGCCGGCGGGAUACCAGGCCUUCCGGUGCACCGGAGGCUGCAAGCAGCCCAAAAGGAACUACGGCUACGGGGAGAGGCGGUGCACGGUGUCGGAAAGCGCGCCAUUGCCCAUCAUGUACCUAGUAAAGAAGGGCGAGUACACUGAGAUCGAAGUGGCCGAGUUCCCCAACAUGAUCGUGGAGAGGUGCGCGUGCACCGUGGACAAUGUCUCCAUUGUGUGAAGUCAACCUCACGGAAACUGCUUGAGAAUAAUACUGCUUCCGUUUCAUGGUCUACUUAAAAGGUCCGAACGAGUACUUCCUAUUUCAAGGGACAAUCGCAUGGGAGCUACCACACGCUCCUCUCAGAGCACUUCUUG